ACCGUCUCAUGGAUACGGUUUCGCAAAUACGUGAAAUAAUCUAGACUUGUAAUAUCUUUGACUGUGGUAUAGAGGUUUGUUUAUUAAUCGCUGACUGCGUAUGAUCAAUGUUACGUGAAAAUGGCUACCAUACCAAGAACUCAUGAAGAUAUUGAAGCUCAAAUUCGCGACAUACAAGCCAGAAAGAAGGACUUAAACGAGGAAGUCAAUGAAAAGGAUCGUGUUGGAUUAGGAGAAAGCGGAUACUAUGAUCGUGACAUAUACGAUGGAGGCGGCAGUAAAUUUGACGGAUACGUCACAUCAAUUGCUGCAAAUGAUGAAGUUGAGGACGAGGACUAUGACGUAGUAUCCUUCAGCCAAAAUAAAAGAGCAGGCUACACAGCCCCAGCUGCUCUUCUUAAUGAUGUUGCUCAGAGUGAAAAGGACUAUGACCCAUUUGCUGAGCGCCGCCGUCCAACGGUUGCAGAAAAGGAGGAUGAGUAUCGACAGCGGAGGCGUCACAUGAUAAUUUCCCCUGAGCGGGCUGACCCCUUCGCAGAAGGUGGGAAGACACCUGAUCUUGGCUCUCGAACAUAUACGGAGAUCAUGAAAGAACAGUUACUGCGUGGUGAGGAGACUGAGCUGCGUAAGAAACUUGUCGAGAAGUCAAAAGAGGGCACACUUAAAGCAGUGACAAAUGGAGAGGUAGCAAAAGCAGCAGUGAAACGAAGAGGACGCUGGGACCAGACUGGAGGUGAGGAGGCUGUCCCUGUCAAGAAGAAGCCAACAGCUCCGGUCGUCGCCGCUAGUGCGCAGCAGCAGAGCUCAACCUGGGACAAGGAGGAUGCCACCCCAGCUUCAACAAGGUGGGACGAGACUCCUGGUCAUGCAAAGGGUAGUGAAACCCCAGGAGCAACGCCUGGGCAGAGUACACGGAUGUGGGACGCAACACCGGGACAUGCGACACCCGGCCGGGAAACGCCACAGCAUGACAAGGGAAUCUCGAGCUCACGGCGCAACCGGUGGGAUGAGACUCCAAAGACAGAAAGAGAAACACCUGGACACGGUAGUGGGUGGGCAGAAACACCUCGCACUGAUCGGACUGCCGGUGACCCCAUCCAGGAGACCCCGACACCGUCUGCUAGCAAGAGGCGCAGCCGUUGGGAUGAGACCCCAUCGAGCCAGAUGACACCUGGUGCAAUGACCCCACAGACUCCCGGCACGCCACACACACCACAUGGUACUCCACACGGCACACCAGGGGCCACGCCAUCACUGAUGACUCCGUCCGGUGUUACACCAACUGGUCAGAAGGCCAUGGCGAUGGCCACCCCUACUCCAGGGCACUUGGCGACGAUGACUCCUGAACAGUUACAGGCAUACCGCUGGGAACGUGAGAUUGAUGAAAGAAACAGACCGCUCUCUGAUGAUGAAUUGGAUGCAAUGUUCCCACCAGGCUACAAAGUGUUGCAGCCUCCAGCAGGGUAUAUUCCAAUACGCACCCCGGCCCGUAAGUUGACAGCAACACCAACACCUAUAGCUGGCACACCGGCUGGUUUCUUUAUCCAGACAGAGGAUAAGACUGCAAAAUAUAUGGACAACCAGCCUAAAGGAAAUCUGCCCUUCAUGAAACCAGAAGAUGCACAAUAUUUUGACAAGCUGCUGGUGGAAGUUGAUGAGGAGACUCUGAGCCCUGAGGAGCAGAAGGAGAGAAAGAUAAUGAAGUUACUUCUGAAAAUCAAAAAUGGAACACCCCCUAUGCGUAAAGCGGCUCUUCGACAAAUAACAGACAAAGCAAGAGAAUUUGGUGCUGGUCCAUUGUUUAACCAAAUACUUCCUCUGUUGAUGUCACCUACUCUUGAAGACCAGGAGAGACAUUUGCUUGUGAAAGUUAUUGACAGAAUUCUUUACAAGUUAGAUGAUCUUGUGAGACCGUAUGUGCACAAGAUUCUGGUGGUUAUUGAACCACUUCUCAUUGAUGAAGACUACUACGCCCGUGUAGAGGGUCGUGAAAUUAUUUCAAAUCUGGCUAAAGCUGCUGGUCUGGCAACAAUGAUUUCAACCAUGCGUCCUGAUAUCGACAACAUUGAUGAAUACGUGCGUAACACGACAGCCCGGGCAUUUGCAGUGGUUGCAUCUGCACUUGGUAUUCCAUCUCUCUUGCCAUUCUUGAAAGCCGUGUGUCGUAGCAAGAAAUCGUGGCAAGCUCGUCACACUGGUAUCAAGAUUGUGCAACAAAUUGCCAUCCUAAUGGGGUGUGCUAUCUUGCCUCAUUUGAAGAGCCUUGUAGAGAUUAUUGAACAUGGUCUCGUGGAUGAGCAGCAGAAAGUACGCACCAUUACUGCCCUUGCCAUUGCAGCUCUUGCUGAGGCUGCCACACCAUAUGGUAUUGAGAGUUUUGACUCUGUGCUGAAACCUCUGUGGAAAGGUAUCAGGACGCACCGUGGUAAGGGUUUGGCAGCCUUCCUGAAAGCCAUUGGUUACCUAAUACCUUUGAUGGAUGCUGAAUAUGCCAACUACUAUACCCGUGAAGUGAUGUUAAUUUUGAUUAGAGAGUUUCAGUCUCCUGAUGAAGAAAUGAAAAAAAUUGUGCUGAAAGUAGUGAAACAGUGUUGUGGCACUGAUGGUGUGGAAUCGCAAUACAUUAAAGAUGAAAUUUUGCCACAUUUCUUUAAACAUUUCUGGAACCAUCGAAUGGCUCUUGAUAGGCGUAAUUAUAGACAGUUGGUGGACACUACAGUGGAAAUAGCAAACAAAGUAGGUGCCUCUGAAAUUGUGAAUCGGGUUGUGGAUGAUUUGAAGGAUGAGAACGAACAGUAUCGUAAGAUGGUGAUGGAGACAAUAGAGAAGAUAAUGGGUAAUCUAGGUGCUGCAGACAUUGACAGCAGAUUAGAGGAGCAACUUAUUGAUGGUAUACUAUAUGCAUUCCAGGAGCAGACCACAGAGGACGUUGUGAUGCUGAAUGGCUUUGGAACCAUAGUGAACCAGCUUGGGAAACGUGUGAAGCCUUACCUUCCACAGAUUUGUGGUACCAUCCUGUGGCGAUUAAACAACAAGUCAGCUAAAGUUAGACAACAGGCUGCUGAUCUUAUAUCCCGUAUUGCAGUUGUCAUGAAGACUUGUCAGGAGGAAAAGCUCAUGGGGCAUCUUGGUGUUGUGCUGUAUGAGUACUUAGGAGAAGAGUACCCUGAGGUAUUAGGUUCCAUAUUGGGUGCUCUGAAGGCUAUUGUUAAUGUAAUUGGUAUGACUAAAAUGACGCCACCAAUCAAGGAUCUACUCCCUAGGCUCACACCAAUCUUGAAGAACAGGCAUGAAAAGGUGCAAGAAAAUUGUAUAGACUUGGUUGGAAGAAUUGCUGACCGCGGACCUGAAUAUGUAUCUGCUCGAGAAUGGAUGCGCAUUUGUUUUGAACUGCUUGAGCUGCUAAAAGCACAUAAGAAGGCUAUUCGAAGAGCCACUGUAAACACAUUUGGUUACAUAGCCAAAGCUAUUGGCCCCCAUGAUGUGCUGGCAACACUUCUGAACAACUUAAAAGUCCAAGAGCGGCAGAACCGUGUGUGCACCACUGUUGCUAUUGCCAUUGUAGCUGAAACAUGUUCUCCAUUCACUGUACUUCCUGCACUCAUGAAUGAGUAUCGUGUUCCUGAACUUAAUGUGCAGAAUGGUGUUCUCAAGUCUUUGUCCUUUUUGUUUGAAUAUAUUGGCGAAAUGGGAAAAGACUAUAUCUAUGCAGUCACACCUUUGCUGGAAGAUGCUCUAAUGGAUCGAGACCUGGUUCACCGACAGACGGCAUGCGCAGUUAUCAAACACAUGGCCCUUGGUGUGUAUGGGUUUGGAUGUGAAGAUGCAUUGAUACAUCUUUUGAAUCAUGUGUGGCCCAACAUAUUUGAGACCUCCCCUCACCUCGUUCAGGCAUUUAUGGACUCCAUUGAAGGGUUACGGGUAGCACUUGGUCCUAACAAGAUACUACAGUACGUACUACAGGGUCUCUUCCAUCCAGCUCGUAAGGUCCGUGAUGUCUAUUGGAAGAUCUACAACUCACUUUAUAUUGGUGGACAAGAUGCACUUGUAGCUGGAUAUCCUCGAAUCCAAAAUGAUCCAAAGAACCAGUACAUCCGCUAUGAACUUGACUAUGUUCUUUAGCCACAUCUUUCAUUCCUUAUUUUCUCUUGUACAAAGCCAUUACUCAGUAUCUUAUAUUUCCUGAAUGCCGCAUGAACGUAUGUAUGUCUGCGUGUGAAUAUGUAAGCUGUGUUGUUUUUUUUUUUGGAGUUUUUUAAAAAUAACUUGUGUUCUCUCUCUCUCUCUCUCUCUCUCUCUCUCUCUCUCUCUCUCUCUCUGUGUGUGUGUACAUGUGUGUGUGUGUGUGUGUGUGUGUGUGUGUGUGUGUGUGUGUGUGUGUGUGUGAUAGGGCAUUGUGACGUACCAAAAAUUCCUGGUAUAGUUUACAGUGACUCGUAUAUAUUUAUGUAAAUUUUGCCAUACUAUAGAAUUCUAUUUACUUUUGUAAAAGUGCUGUUGUGCAGCAGUUUCGCACACUAUUAAUUAUUUUAUGUGAAUGUAAAAUAGGAAUUAUUUUGAUUUUUGUUGAAUAAAGUCUUGAUACAACUUC